CUGUACGUCCUGGGUGGACGCACGCACGUACGCACGGAGCUCCGCCCCCUUGGGGGACGCGCUGAAAAGCAAGUGUCAUGAUCAGGAAGCCACAUGGGUUUGCAGCAAAAGCGGCUGCUAAGCUGAAGUGGAACGUCUGAAUAGGGGCUUGCUAAUCAGAAAAAAACGCAGUGAUUUAGAAGUUCCAGGGGCUACUGAAUAUAGACGUGAACAGAAAAGCACAUCCUUGUCCCUCUCUUUCUGCUUUUGACGCUAUGACCCGGCACAAGCAGAAAAAAUCUGGGAAGAGACCCAAGCAUGGCAAGAAAAAGGAUGCAAAGCCUCAUGGGAAAAAGGACCCAGGAGUGCCUCAGCUGUCUCAUUUCAAAGAGCGUGUCAAGAAGGAAGCAGCACUAAAAGAGAAAAGGGUGGCAGAGCUGCAGGAACGGCAGCGGAUGGCCCGGCAGAAGGAAAUGGGGCGGUUCCGGAGUCUGGAAGGGCUGCAGAGAGAUGCCUUGCGCAGGCAGCGGAAUUUUGAACAGAAGGAGAUGGAUCUGAAGCAACUGGCAAAACAUGCCCCUCUGGAGAAAGAGAGCUCCUGCAAGGCCUACUAUAAGGAGUUCCGGAAGGUAAUUGAAGCAGCUGAUGUGAUCUUGGAAGUGCUUGAUGCUCGGGACCCCCAAGGUUGCCGCUGUCCCCAGGUGGAACAGGCUGUGGUUCAAGCUGGAGCUAACAAGAGACUGGUCUUGGUGUUAAACAAAAUAGAUCUGGUGUCUAAAGAGAUCAUAGCAAAGUGGCUGAAGUACCUGAGGAAUGAAUUCCCCACAGUGGCCUUUAAAGCCUCCACUCAGCAGCAAAGCAAAAACCUGCAACAGAGCCGUGUGCCAGUAGCCCAGGCCUCAGGUGACCUGCUCAGCAGUGGCGCCUGUGUUGGAGCUGAUUGCCUCAUGAAGGUGCUGGCUAACUACUGCCGGAACCAAGAUGUCAGGACAGCCAUCAGUGUUGGGGUUGUGGGCUUCCCGAAUGUUGGCAAAAGCAGCUUGAUCAACAGCUUGAAGAGGAGCCGGGCCUGCAGUGUUGGUGCUACGCCUGGGGUCACCAAGUGCCUGCAGGAGGUACAACUGGACAAGCACAUAAAGCUCCUGGACUGUCCGGGGAUUGUCAUGGCUUCUUCCACCUCAGAUGCUGCCAUGAUCUUACGAAAUUGUGUCAAGAUAGAGCAAUUGGUUGACCCUGUGACCCCGGUGGAGGCCAUCCUGAAACGCUGCAACAAGCAACAGAUUAUGCAGCACUAUCGUGUGCCAGAUUUCCGGGACACCAUGGAGUUCCUGGCUCAGUUGGCCAGACGGCAAGGCAAGCUGAAGAAAGGAGGGACGCCUGACCAUGAAAAGGCAGCCAAAGCAGUGCUAAGCGACUGGAUGAGUGGGAAGAUCAGCUAUUUUACACAUCCGCCAGAGACCCACACGCUCCCCACUCACAUCAGUGCCGAGAUUGUCGCAGAGAUGGGCAAGGCCUUUGACUUUGAAGCUCUGGAGCAAGACAAUGAGAAGGCAUUGGCAAACAUGCCCUCUGGCCCUGCUGGCAUUAUCUUGGAGGGUUCUGGCCUCACCAGUGGGGCAGAGGUGGAGAUGGAUGAGGAAGAGGAGGAGGAACUGUGCUGUCAGAAAGAAGAAGAGGCUCAGAUGGAAGAAGAUGGGAAUGAGGAGUUGCAGGGGAGCAAAAGCAAGAGAGGGGGCAUGCUCUCACCUCUUGCCUGUGAGCUUCCCAGAGGCAUCUGGUGGGCCACUGUAUGAAACGGGAUGUUGGAUGUUGGGCCUGAUUCAGCAGGACUGUGUUCUCUUUGUUAAGUACCAUGCGCACAGAUGGUGUUCUAUUAACAAUCAUUAUGGAUAUUGUUUUGUUAGUAACAGUAAUACACAUGCUACAACCUCAGGGUUCUGACUGUGGGCAAGAGUCAGGCUUUUCACACAGUGGUGGUUUGGUGAAGAAUCACAGUGUGGCCAGGCUCCUGGAAGUUUUGCCCCAAAUAGAACUAGAUGUUUUAAGAAACUUGUGAUCCAAAUUACACCUGGAAUUAGCCCAUUUAUUGGGUACAGAGAGGGCAGUGCCUACAGAGAUUCAGAAUCACACAUCUGGUACGGUGGUGGUGGUGGUGGUGGUAGUACCAGAAGAAUUAAAGAUGUUGUGGUGGAGGGAGAGGUAUAACAAGGGUGUGGAGUCUAUCAGGGUGUGGAAUAGUCAGAGAGGGGCUUGACAGCAGCUGCAGAAACUUCCGGAAGGAUAUUUGCCCCAGGUUUUGAAACUGAUCUUUUGACUGUAAGCGAGUCAAAUCUACAGGCCUGUGGUUUUACCUUACUGAGCUGUUACAGUCUGGGAGACACUCGCACUCUGUUUGGUUUUGGCUAGCAAAUUGGAAGACUGAGCUGCCUGGAAGGAAAGGGAGAUUCCCUCCUCAUACAAAUUAGGUGCAGUCCUGGCAGCUUACACCGAAGAGAGGAUGAGAACGCUCUGCUCUCUAAAAAAGACAGGAUCCCUUACUUAACCCUGAUUCUCUAGCAUAAUAUUCAACAAGCAAAGCACAGGAGUAAAGGUCAGCAGCCACAGCCCCUUUUAGGUCAUGGGUUGAACUGGAGAGUUAUCAUGGCAGGGUCUGUAGUGCUGGACUUAGAUCAGGGAUAGUUGGAUUCAUUUGGAUAAGGGAUAACAAACUGAGCCUGAAUCCAGAUCAAAUGGAUGUACUUAUUGUGCAGGGUUGGAACUCAGGAGAUGAUUUUGAUCUGCCGGUUCUGGAUGAGGUCACACUUCCCCCUGAAGGAACAAGUACACAGUCUGGGGGGGCUUCUGGAUCCAAACCUCUCCUUGGCCUCCCAGGUGCUUUCUCUCAGCUUUGGCUGAGACACCAGUGGUGUCCAUUUCUUGAGAGAGACCUCAGAACAGUGGUAUAUAUGCUGGUCACCUCCAGACCUAACUACUGCAGUGCGCUCUAUGUGGGGCUGCCUUUUGUAUGUAGUCCAGAAACUGCAGUUGGUAUAGAAUGCGGCAGCCAGGUUGGUCUCGGGGUCAUCUCGCGGAGACCAUAUUACUCCUAUACAAAGAGCUACACUGGCUCGCAAUAAGUUUCCAGGCAAAAUACAUGGUGCUGGUUUAUAACCUAUAAACUUGCUGGUUGAAUGACCAUAACAAUAAAGACUUGAUCUACAACCUAUAAAGCCCUAAACAACUUAGGCUGUGGGUAUUUAAGAGAACAUCUUCACCAUGAGCCCCACCAUCAAUUGAGAUCAUCCGGAGAAGUUUGGUUGCAGUUGGCACCUGCUCUUCUGCUGGCUCCUCAGGGACGGGUCUUCUCUGUUGCUGCUUUGAGACUCUGGAAUGUGCUUCUUGCUGAAACUAGAGUCUUCCCCUCUCUGAAAAUUGUUUAAGUCUCUAAAGACUUAUUUUUUCACCCAAGCUUUUUAACUGGACUAUGGUUUUAAACUGUGUUCAGGUUUUUGUUUUUUAAUUUGUUUUAUGUUGCUGUAAACCGCUCAGACAGAAGUUUUGGAACUGUCUACAAAUCUGAAAAAUAAAAUCUAGGAAACUCACUUGGUGAUCACAGGCAUGAUUAAGCCUUGAACUUGUUGGAAGAAGGGCAGGACAUAAUUGUGGUUUAAAAUACAUAUCCUCCUCUUUUGCCACAACUUGCAACUACCAAUCUCUGCAGCGGCUAGACUGAGUUUCUUCCUUUCAUACUUGCUGCCUCGGGUAUCUGAUCAUACGCAGCAGAUCCAGUGACUGAUACACAUAGACAGGUUUGAAUGCACUGAAUUAACACAUCAAAGUUUUGUGGUGGUCAUCUGAGUUCUCCAACUUCUAUGAAUUAUGCAUCUUAAGCAUCUUUGCCUGAUCUAAACUAGACCCGGUAAAUAUGUUUAACUUAGUAGUUAUUUUUGUCAAUUAAAUUACUUGUGAGGUACAGGACCUGGAAGUCCUGACCAAUAGGCACCACCUCCUAUUUUCAAAUGUGCCUUGGCAGCCAUAUAUGCUAGAAACUUGCCUUUUCUUUCUUUUUAAAUGAAACUGAGGAUUUCUUUGGAAUCACAUCAUACAGCCCAGUUCAUAAUAUUCAGGAUAUCACUGGUCUCUUAAUGACCCAAGGGUGUCCAUUUUGGGGAGGGGUCAGGGGAGGGAUAUAUAUUUGAGUGCUGUUGCAGCCACAGUAGCAACUGGAGUGAAGCUACAUGUCUGUGACUGAGCUCCAACUAGAACUUAUGUAGUGUAGUUCUGUCACUGCGCUCUAGGCUGAACCAACAAUGGUAGGGUGGAAGCUUUCUGGGUUUAGGGUACAACCUCCCACUUGGUUACCUUUCCUCCCUGCUUAUCUCAACGAUUUAAAUCAGCAAGAUCUUUCUCUUGGCAUCCUUAGUUUGGCACAAUGACUAUAGAGCUGAAAGCCAAGAGCAAGACCCUAGCAGGAGCAGAGAAGGCUGUGCCCAGGGCUCCUGACCUACGAGAUAUCUCUGCCUUAGACCCUUUGCACCAGGGGCAGGGCCUGCGGGCAGCAAGCAAGAGGCGCAAGAAACAGCGGAAGCGAGCAG